AUGGGUGGCGGGCGUUCUAUUAACAACAACAACAGUAACCAUCAUCCUCAAUAUCAAUACGCACCUCUCUAUCCACAAAUACCGUCCGCUUCUACUAAUCCCUUUGAGACCACUUGGUACAACCCUCCACCAACACCAACUCCAGCUCCUCCACCGUUACCGCCAAAACCACCUGCAGCAGCAACUUCAACGUAUUAUCUACUACCACAGUCAGAGCCAAUGUCAACUCAAGGACAACAUGCACUGCGUCUGAUUUACACAAAGUCUGGAUUCUUUGUUCGAUCGCUCGAUGUCGGGUAUAGCCAAGACAUUCAUGGCUUUCUUUCUAUUGUCUCAAGGAACCAAGCACAAGUUGAUAUUGCUCUUGCUUGGAUACCCGAACACUUAAUAGACACUCAAGAUCUUGGUACAUUUAUUGGAUUGGAUGGCACGUUGGCAUCAGAGCAAGGGUUUCCCAACAUUGCUUGGAAUUCAGGCGAAGGUGAAGCCAUGUUGAUACCCAUAGCCGAUAUCUAUUCAUUAUACGUGUGUCCACCAUCAUCCAGCCAUCAGCCAGCAAUACAAAACGAUGAUCAUGGAUCCAUUAUUAUCACAACGCGACAAGGGGAUGUACUACGGCCGCUAUGGUAUCAUGCAAAUGCAUCAUGGCCUGGAUAUGAUAUUAUCGACAUUUUAGGUGCCUUUGUCGUGACUCAAAGAGUGCCAGAUGAUGAAUACACGUACCUUGUACAGCAACCCACAGAUGGUGUGAAUAAUACUAUACCCGACAGCGGCGAUUCCACUUAUCGCCAUCCAUUACUGCGAUCUUCAUCCACAUCAUCUUCAGCAUCAACACCACGACAAACCGCUACCGAUGCUCAACUUCAUCAAGCCAUUCGAGAUGCACGAUUCAAUAUUCUGGAACGAUUUUCACGUAUCACAAGGUUCUCUCGGGAUACUGCCGCUCACGUGCUUGAUCAUCCUAUUGCCAAGGCCAUUAUACCCCUGUUACCCCCAUCUGUUCAAGCGAUGCGUAACAAUGACACCGUUCAACAAACAAUGAACGACUAUGAUCGUGCUACCUAUUAUCUCGCCCAAUGGGGAGAUGAGAAUGAAAACUCGGCAAAUGAAUGGUGGCGAGUGGAUGACCCUGAAGGGUUACUCAAUGACAUGCCUGAAAUGAACAUGCCCACACCUACACACACAAGACGAGACCCUAUCGAACCUGAAGAAUGGGUGGAUUUCUUUGAUGAUGAAGGCAAACUACGAGUUACAGAGCGACAUGUGCUAGGUCUCGUUUUUCGAGCUGGUUUGCAUCCCGAUGUCCGAAUUGAAGCUUGGAAGUUUAUUCUUGGCAUUUAUCCAUGGGACAGCACCUUUGAUGAACGUGAAGCCAUCCGUCGCAGCAAAGUGGAUGAAUAUUACGAAUUCAAGGCACGUUGGUUUAACGAUACAGAGGUGCGUAGUACCAAACAUUUCAUGGAUGAGAAGCAUCGGAUAGACAAGGACGUGCAUCGAACGGAUAGGACCAUUGCUGUAUUUGAAGGCGAAGACUUACCCAAUCCUGACCCGGAUAUGGCAGUGGGUACCAAUGCCAACAUGGAGAUUAUGAAAGACAUCUUGGUCACCUACAACUUUCACAAUACGGAGCUUGGCUAUGUGCAAGGCAUGUCUGAUUUAUUAGCACCCAUCUUUGUGGCUAUGGGGACCGAGGAGAUGGCCUUUUGGUGCUUUGUACAAUUCAUGAACCGCGUCCAAUGCAACUUUUUUAUUGACCAGUCGGGUAUGCAUGGCCAGUUACAAACAUUGGAUGCGUUGAUUCGAUUUAUGGAUGCACCCCUUUACAAGCACUUUGAGGAAACCGAGACGUCCAAUCUAUUCUUUUGCUUCCGAUGGUUACUUGUAUGGUUUAAACGCGAGUUUGAAUGGGAUGAUGUGAUCCAAUUAUGGGAGGUUUUAUGGACGGACCAUCUCUCGCCCCAAAUGAUCAUGUUUAUCGCCCUGGCUGUUCUUGAUAAGCAUAGACAAGUCUUGUUGGAUCUACAGCAAUUUGAUGAGGUGCUCAAGUACAUCAAUGAGCUUACGGGAACAAUUAAUCUGCGUGAAACACUCGAACGUGCCGAGGUGCUGUUUUAUUUGUUUGAACGCAAAGUCAAGGCCAUGGAUAGAAAACGUGAGCAAUUGAAGGAGCGCUUACAAAUGCGAUCUGUGUGGAAUGGUGAUGAACGGCCCAAAGUUGAAAAAUCGAUCCAAGAUCUCAAAGUGGAUGACAAACUUCGAGCAUUAUUGAAGAAGGCGUAA